GGCCGACGUCUUGGUAGUUUUUGUGGCUGUCAGAGUUAUUGGAACUAUGGAUCGCUUUUCCUGGUCCACCGGUCUUUUAGAGAUUGACGAGACGCUGGUGAUUCAGCAGCGGGGUGUGCGCCUGUCUGAUGGGGAGGACAAGACAACGUUUGACAUUGGAACUCUUCUUUUGACGACCCACAGACUUAUUUGGAGGGACCAGAAAAAUCAUGAAUUCUGUAUUGCAUUUCCCCUUUCUCAAAUCAUUUUUACAGAGGAGCAGGCAGGAGGGAUUGGAAAAAGCGCCAAAAUAGUGGUCCAUUUACAUCCACCUUCUCCUAAUAAAGAACCGGGGCCUUACCAAACCAGCCGAUACUCGUACGUCAAGAUGUCAUUUAGAGAGCACGGUCAGAUUGAGUUCCAUAGGCGUUUAACGGAGGAACUGACCCAGAGGAGAUGGGAGCGAUCAUCAGCCUCGCCAUCCUUUCAUUUAAAUAAAGGCACCAAGGGUGGAAGAAUAAAAGCUGUUGGGAUUGUUGGAAUUGAGAGGAAACUGGAAGAAAAAAGAAAAGAAACUGACAAAAACAUUUCCGAGGCUUUUGAAGAUCUGAGCAAGUUAAUGGAAAAGGCCAAGGAAAUGGUGGAGUUGUCUAAAUCUAUAGCCAACAAGAUCAAAGAUAAACAAGGGGAUAUAACAGAGGAUGAGACUAUCAGAUUUAAAUCCUAUCUGCUGAGCAUGGGAAUAGCCAAUCCAGUCACCAGGGAAACUCACGGGUCUGGCACACACUAUCAUAUGCAACUGGCAAAGCAGCUGGCAACAAUGCUACAGGCUCCUUUAGAGGAACGAGGAGGCAUAAUGUCUCUUACUGAAGUAUACUGUCUGGUAAAUCGAGCAAGAGGCAUGGAGUUGCUGUCGCCUGAAGAUUUGGUCAACGCCUGCAGAGUGUUUGAAUCUUUAAAACUCCCAGUGAGGCUACGUAUUUUUGACAGUGGAGUCAUGGUCAUUGAACACCAGUCUCAUAACGAAGAAGAAAUGGUCGCUGCUGCAUUAGAAACUGUUUCUGAAAAGGGCUCAUUAACAUCUGAAGAGUUUUCCAAGCUUGUCGGGAUGUCAGUUCUUUUAGCUAAAGAACGAUUGCUGCUUGCUGAAAAAAUGGGGCACCUUUGCAGAGAUGACUCUGUAGAAGGCUUACGCUUUUACCCCAAUUUGUUCUUAACUCAGUGUUAGAGACUGUGUGAGAAUGAGACUUGAAACUUAUGAAUACUUCACGGAAAAUUGUCUACAACUUUUUAUUUAUAUUGAUGAGAAAUAUCAAUGAAGCAUAUAUUACAUUGUGGAUGGGCUACAUAUGAUCAGUUAUUAAAGAGGAUUCCUGUGUA